AUGGGUAGUUAAUUACUUUUUUUAAUUUAGUACUACCUCACUUCUUCAUAUUCUUAUUUUCUCCAACUCUUUCAAGAUUAAUUGGGUAUCAGAGAAAGAGAGAGGGGGCGGGAGAGAGAUGGCGAUGGAGGUUGUUCAAGUACUUCAACAGGGCCAUGAUCAUCCAUUGAUGCUCAUAAAAAAAGAGGAAACAGAUGAUAGUUGGGAUCUUUCUUGCUACGGCUGUGAACAACCUAUCUCGAUUUCGUCGUCCUCCUCCUACUACGGUUGCAAGGGAUGCGUGUUUUUCCUGCACAAAACAUGCGCCCAACUACCUCACAAUAUGACCCACCCUUCUCACCCUCAACACCCCCUCACAUUCCUUCCAAGCCCACCUAAAGCGGGACACAAUUGUGAUGUCUGCGACGGAAGUUGCAACAGAUUCCUUUACCGUUGCUACGACUGCGACUACGAUAUCGACAUGAAAUGUGCUUUGGUGGUGCUAAGUACUCAACAGAGCAUCGAGCACCCAAGUCACGAGCACCAAUUGAUCCCGUUGCAAAAGGAAUCUAUGUUCCUGUGCGAUGCUUGCGGUGAAGAACAUAAAGGCUCCUCCUUCCUAUGUACCAACUGCGGAUACUGGAUCAACCAGAAAUGUGCUGAAUCACCACUCAACCUCAAACUUAACAAUCGCCAUGAACACACCUUAUCCCUCUUCUACUUCAUCCCACAAAAACUUUACCAGUCAUUUAUUGUCUUGCAAGGCAAACAAGGCAAUCGUGCGUACUGUAUAACCUGUUCAAAGGAAAUUUACAGAAGAAAUUGGGUUUAUUGUUGUUCCGGAUGCCCUUAUCUUGUCCAUUUACAUUGCGCUCUGUCAGAGAAAGAGAGCAACGAAUCAGAGAAUCAAAGUCAUGAUCUUAGCCUUAAUCAGAGCAAUCUUUCUUCUAGCAAUUCGGUGGCAGCAACCUCAGACGCUGAUCUACACAAGGUUAUCCACUUGCCGGUGCCUGAUGAUUCAGCUGAUAUUAUCACCCAAUUUAUCAAGAACACCGCAAUACAAGGGAAGCACAAGGGAGCGGCAGUGAUCAACCAUGGUAGUCACAAUCACCCAUUAACUCUUUUUGAAGAACCAAUCGACCAUGCAUUGUCCCUCUUUAAUGUGGCGUGGAAUGUUCAAAAAUGUUGUGGGUGUGCUCAAUCCAUCUCGGCUCCAUUUUACUGUUGUGUUGAAUGCGAGUUUUACCUUCAUGUGUGGUGUGCGGAGCUACCCGAGCAGCUACCACACCCAGGUCACCCACAACAUGCUCUUUUCUUGAGCAAGGCCGCUAGAGCGGGGAAAUGCAAGGGCUGCAACUUAUUUGCCUCAACCCUUUUGUACGGAUGCGAAGAAUGUGAUUUCUACCUCGACUGCAAGUGUGCUUCCCUACCUCGAGUUAUCAAACAUGAAGGUCACGACAAGCACACUCUUGCCCUCAGGCCAACAUCCUUCUCUGGUACUUGCAUAUCAUGCAGUGCCAGUUUGACAAUAUCUUUUGAAUGUUUGGGCUGCAAAUUCAAUCUAUGCGUACGCUGUGCUAUUUUACCGCGCAUUGUUCGGCAUAGAUAUGACAAACACCCGUUCACCUUAACCUAUUCCCCUCGUCCGUACCGGACAGACGACGAUUUUUGCGAAAUUUGCGAGGAAGGGAUCGACUCCAACCGUUGGUUCUAUCAUUGUGGGGAAUGCGACCAAUAUCUUCAUACGGAUUGUAUACUUCCCGUUGAUCAAUUUUCAAAUAUGGUAUAUCAUCACCUAUGGAAACCCAUUAACAGUCGUAAGCAUCCGCACCGGCUCAUUCGUGUCGGACCCUACCCAAACGCGUCAUGCGGCCUGUGCAAGAGGAGUAUCGCUGAUUCUUGUCAUUACUUGUGUCCACCAUGUGACUUUUACCUGUGCGAUUCCUGUGAAGAAAAGGAAAUUGAGGGGGAAAUUUGAUGAAAA